UCUCGUCGUCCGCCCCAAACUUCAUUUACAUUCCUUACGUCUGAAUUACGGCCGACUACUUCCAUCAUAACCCCUCCUUAUCAACACCUCUCAACGUGGAUUCGUCAACAUUGUCAGCAGGGUCUGGAGCCCAAUUCCACGACGCCUUAGAUACCAUGGACCAAGAUCCCUUUACCGCAACGCCGCCCGCAGCCCCGCGCGCUCCCCCCGAUGCCCUCGAGGAUACCCUCGGCGGUAUCGAAGGGACCACGCAUCUAGCGGGUGAGUUGGGUAGCCAUGAGCCAUAUCAUCGUCAGUCACAGUCCCUUGACCAAGGUCUAGCCAAUGUCAACAGUGCGCAACCCGACGACAUCGACCCGAACGUUCAGUAUGAAGCUCAGCAGUACGACACCCCUCCUCCACAAUCCAUGGGAAGACCUGCAUCAUCUAUGUCUCCUACCGGCGAACGACACUACAAUGAACACGUUUCGCGAGAAAGCAAUGGCAACGGUAAUGGCAAUGGUGCGGAUCGCAAUACGCGUAACCACGUUGUGAUCAAGGUUGGCAUGGUAGGCGAUGCGCAGAUUGGCAAGACUUCUCUGAUGGUGAAGUAUGUCGAGGGUAGCUGGGACGAGGAUUACAUCCAGACGCUAGGCGUCAACUUCAUGGAGAAGACUAUCAGCAUACGCAACACCGAGAUCACGUUCAGCAUCUGGGACUUGGGUGGUCAACGGGAAUUCGUCAACAUGCUACCCUUGGUCUGUAACGACGCGGUCGCCAUUCUAUUCAUGUUCGACUUGACGCGCAAGAGUACCCUCAACAGUAUCAAGGAGUGGUAUCGACAAGGACGUGGUUUCAACAAGACAGCCAUCCCUAUCUUAGUUGGCACCAAGUACGACCACUUCGUCAACUUCCCUCGAGAGGAUCAGGAGGAGAUAUCAAACCAGGCCAAACGAUUUGCCAAAGCUAUGCGUGCUGCUCUCAUCUUCAGCAGUACUAGCCACAGCAUCAACGUCCAGAAGAUCUUCAAGAUCGUUCUAUCGAAGGCAUUCGAUCUGAAGUGCACAAUACCUGAGAUCGAAAAUGUCGGCGAGCCCCUUCUACUCUACCAGUCAGUUUAGAUUCGGACUCAGUCCAGUCUUUGGAGGUUUUCCAUGAAACGGCCGUUAUGCAUCAUGGUUGAGCACGUUGUCUGAUCGCCACCUCCAA